GAGCUUCCAGUGCGGCGGCAGGAGAGGCCUCCAAGGACAAGAGCCACGACGAGCAGCUCGCCAAGGUGCAGCACUACCGUGCCAAGCUGGCGGAGCUCAGGAAACUCGCCGAGGACCCGUUCAUGGAGGAGUCCCUGCAGCCGCAGGUGGCGCAGCUCGACGACAAGCUCGCCGCCGAGCAGGCAGCAUUGGAGACAGGAGUGCCGCGCUGCUUCGCCGAGUGCAGAGUGGUACGAGACAGGAACAGAGUCGCGGAGCAGAAGAACAAGUGCCAGCAACGGAUCGAGGCGCUCCAGGAGCAGAGAGAGGCGCUCGACGAGAAGCUCGCCGACGAGCGCAGUAAGCUGGGCAAGUUCGACAACAAGCUCGAGACCUUGGACAAGAAGAUCAAGGAGUUGGCCGUCCCUGCUCCAGGGGAAGGAUGGGCAGCAACGCUCGCCUUCCUUGAGCAGGCCGAGCGGUGCUUCGACGACGACGGGAGCGAGAAACGGGAGCAGCUCGCCGCCGCCGUCGCCCACGCCAAGGAGCAGAAGGCACAGGAGGAAAAGCGGGCCAAGCACGCCGAGCGCCACAAGAAGGCCAGGGCGGAACAGGCCCGCGCGACCAAGGAACGGGCAGGCAACGCCGACAACCGCAAGCGGAGCUGCCCCGAGGGCCCACCCAAGGAGGACUUCCUCGAACCCCCCGCGGGCGCCAACGAGCACGACAUCUGCAGGGCCCUCGUCGGCGCGGGGGUCACGCCUGACCAGGCUGGGAGGGUGGUUGCUCCUCUUAACUUGCUGGUGGGCGAGCUGCAGAAUGGUCGCGCCCUCACCGUCAGCAAGACGCAGUGGGUGCAGCAGCGCGGGGACGCCAUCGUCCUUGGCCAGGAGCUGCAGGCCAGCGGCACGCAGCUCGACUUCUUCCAGACCCGCAUGCGCAGGGAGGGCUGGCACAUCGGGGUGGUGAGCAGCGCGAAGACCACAGCUGGUCACAGCGCUGGAGUUUUGAUAGCGACGCCACGAAGCAGGGGCAUGGACUUCGUGCGCAAGGGGAUCAACCAGUGGGACAUCAGCCCGCGGGGGUCCAAGGGGCGACUCGCCGUGGCCUGGAUCGACGCCUGCGGCAAGGAGGGGCUCGUGCUCGGGGCCGCCUACCUGUGGAACAGCGAGGGCCUCGCGCAGAGGAACCAGCGCAUCCUGGCCAAGUGGGGCGCCACCGUGAACGCGAUCCAGAAGGAGUGGAUCCUCGGGGGCGGCUUCAACAUGGGCCCAGAGAAGCUGGAGCAGGCCGACAUCGUCCGCAAGAUGAGCGCGGCCAUCGUGCGCGACACUCAGCAGGGCAGCUGCCUGAAGAAGGACGGCACGAGGAGCACGCGCGACUACUUCAUCGUCUCGCGCGGCCUGGUCGCACCUACGCUCAAGGUGCCAGUGCACUACCAGAGCGACAUCUUGAUCAACGUGCUGUGCACGCGGACGCCGUGGCCGCUGGCGCGGCCAACGGGCUGCCCAUCGCAGCCAGUGCGAUGGCCGAAGCCGCUAGCACACAGGAAGUACACGCAUAGCCAGGUCGACGGCUGUUGGAGCGAGAUCGGGGAGGCCUACGAGAAGCACCUGAACAGGUACCACAGCUUCGAGGGCGACGACUGGAGCAAGCGGCAGGGCCACUUCGAGAAUGCCAACUACAAGCAGAAGCCGCGCAGGCCCAAGCCCUGCACCGCGGCCUUGGAGCAGCAGCAGUGGGCCGAUGCAGCCGGGUGGCUUGCGCGGCGGCUGCGCCAGCUGAGGCUUCUGGCCAGCGCAUGGCAGCGGCGGCGAGACGCGGGCGCACUACGGCGAGCCCAGCGCAUCGCGGACGGGCUCCUCGGCCACGACAUCGCCCUGCCGCUGUUCGCCGAGCGGGCCCCUGGACAGACGGCCGAGACAGGCAACGACUCGGGCGAGGAAGACGGACUGCUGGAGUCGGAGGGCGCCCCUCGGGAGGGGGCGGAAGGGGCGCAGGGCCGCCGCGCGGUCGGAGCGCCUCCCACCGAGGGCCAGCAGGACCCCAACACCUGGAACACGAUUCGCUGGCCGCUCAUCGUGCACGCGCUGCGGGACUGGCGCGUCAGCGACGUCGACGAGCGCGCCCAGAACUGCCUGGGCUUCAUCGCCGCGCUUCUGGACCUCGGCAGCAGGAGGCACUGGAAGAUGGUGCGCCGAGCGGCCGCGGCGCAGUGGCGGCAGUGGGUGACCACGCGCGGAGAACGAGGGGCAGGAGCGCUGCACAAGUGGACCAAGGCCCCCGCGCCGGCUGGAGCCGGCAGCGACCGGCUGGCAAAGCCGCCGCCCAUCACCCCGCAGCAGGUGAUCGAGGCCUGCGGCCGCUUCAAGACCAAGACGGGGCUAGGGGGGUCGGGGUGGCGCCCGAGACUCAGGCGCGAAGGGGGAAUCCAAGGGGCCGCGAGGGUGGCCAGCGCCCUCAACGCCCUGGAGGCGGGCAAGCCCUGGCCGCAGGCGCAGGACACCAUUCUGUUCUACUUGCUGGCGAAGGCGUCGGGCGGGCACCGCAACCUCGGGCUGGUCCCCGAGCUGGCGAGGCUGUGGGGGACCAUCCGCAUGCCGUGCGCCAGGGGCUGGGAGCAGAGCCACCGCAGGGGCUACGACUGGGCCGCGAGAGGGGGGUCCAGCGAGAGGGCCGCCUGGGAGCAGGCGCUGCUCAGCGAGGCCACGGUGGCCCAGGGGCUGGAGUACGCCGUCGCGUACUUCGACCUGGUCAAGUGCUUCGAGUACGUCACGCGCGAGAAGGUCUGGCAGGCAGGCGCGCGUUCGGGAUUCAACGCGGUGAUCCUGAAGAUGGUGUUGCGCAUCUACUCGAUGACGCGGCGCAUCGUGCUGGGAAGCCGCCUCGCGCCCCUCUGCCUCAAAAUGGUUAUCUUCGGGAUGCUGGACGGGGUCAUCGCCAACUUCCCGUGGGCCUCGGUCUGCCUCUUUUUCGACGGCUUGGCGGUCGCCACGCGGGGCGCGAGGCUGUUGGUGCAGUGCUGGCAAACGCAGUUGGUGCAGGCGCUCGUGGACAUGCUCGAGCAGCUGGACAUGAAGGUCUCCAAGGGCGCGGAGGGCAAGGCGGUCACCAUGGCCUCGACCACCGCGUUGCAGGACGGCCUCGCCAGGCGCGUGCGCCCGCUCAGCAUCAGGAUGGUGCGCCACGCCGACCACCUCGGCGUCGCCACCGCGGCAGGCAGGAGAAGACGCGUCAGCGCCUUCAGCAAUAGGGCCAGCAAGUGCGCGGCGCGGCCAGAUCGCAUCGCCCGCAUGCGCCGCGCAGGUGGGCCUGCGCAGGCGAUCAGCAGACAGGGGAAGGCGCCGUCGGCGAUGUACGGGGUGCAGGCCAUGGGCAUGGCCAACGCCACCCUCGCCUCCCUGCGGCAGAGCGUGGCGACCUCCUUCAGGGGCAGCACCAUGGGGAGGUCAACGCCGCUCACGCUGCUUGCGCAGGGCGCCGACCCCGCCAUCCGCGCCAACGCGGAGCCGUUGGUCAACUGGGCCAUGGCGUGGCAGGAGGUAGCCAACCAGGACGGCCUCCAGGCGCAGCUCCAGAGUGCGUGGAAGAAGUGGGUGCUACGAGUGGGGCGGGCAAGAGCCCCAUGGCAGCAGGUGCGAGGGACCGCAGGGGCCUUCAUCGCCACUGUGCAGAGGCUGGGCUGGGAGACGCUCGCGGCGCACAGCGUCGCCAUCGGCGAGGGGCACCUGGGCCUCAGGACGCUGCCGCUCAGAUACCUGAAGCAGCGCGUCAGCACGGCCACGGAGAACGGCCUCAAGAGCGACUGGCUGCGCAUCCACGGCGAGAAGCACGGCCUGGACAGCCUCCUCGUGGAGCCCGUCGCCGCGCUGCUCAAGAGGCUGCUGAGCAAGCAGUGGGCGCUGGAGCACCAGACGCGGGACAGCGCCUGCAAGGCCUGCCACGAGCGCGAGGGGGCGGACCGCCACAGGACGUUCGCGUGCUCGGCCAGGCAGGAACACCGACGGAGAGUGGGAGGGCACCACAUAUGCCAUCGUGGUGCCAUGACGUGGCCUGGGGCGACGGAGAAGCAGCUGGCGGCCUCCGAAGCGCUCUGGGGGAGAGGGCUCGCAGCGGACCCAGCGCUGGAGUACGACCUUUGGAACUUGCCCUCCUCGUCCACCAGCGAGGUGGAGGGCGCCUUUGACGGCCUCGUGCACGGCGACAUCUACACGGAUGGCAGCUUGCUGUACGGGGCAUACCCAGCAUUGAGAAGAGGCGGUUGGUCCUUCGUGAAGCUCGACAAUGAGCACCAGGUGGGGUACGCCAUGUUCAGGCCGUUGGAGGGGCCGCAGCACGACCAGUCGAUCUACAAGAGCGAGUUGAUGGCGGUCCUCCAG